AUGUAUGCGUAUAAAUAUCAUGUUGAAAUAUAGUUGAGGGUGUUGAAUAAGAAAGUAAUUUUGCCAACUUGACCUGGUUUUAUUUUUCCUUUUUUUUUCAUAUAAUUUUCUACAUUUUCCAUCUUUUCAGGUGUACAAUAAACUCGAAUUUCAAAGUGUCUACUUAAUAAACACUUUGUCGAGUAAUAACUUGACUUGAUGACAUCAAUUGUCUUAUUUUAUGAUUAUUAUUAUAUUUUAAUGGCAGAUGAACAAACGUCCUAUAAACUCAUUUAUUUUAAUGCUCGUGGAAGAGCUGAGCAUAUACGUUUUAUAUUUGCAUAUGCUGGAAUUGAUUUUAUUGAUGAGAGAAUUCCAAAAGAACGUUGGCCUGAAAUUAAAAAAUCUAUGCCAUAUGGAAUGCUUCCAGUACUUGAAAUAAAUGGUAAAACAAUUGCCCAAAGUAAUGCUGUUGCAAGAUAUUUAGCACGUAAAUAUGGUCUUGCUGGUAAAGAUGAAUGGGAAUCAAUGGUUUGUGAUGUACUUGUUGAUACACUCAGUGAUCUUAAACUAGUUUUGUUUCAGUACAGAACUGAAAUUGAUCUAAUUAAAAAAGAAGAAAAAAAAGCAAAAUUAUUGAAAGAAACAAUUCCAUUUUAUUUAAAUAAAUUUGAAAAAACAAUAUUAGAAAAUGAUGGUUAUGCUGUUGGUUCAUCGACAACUUGGGCUGAUUUUGUUUUUGCUGUUGCAUUGGAAAAUUUUGAACAAAUAUUUGGUGUAAAUGCACUUGAUAAUUAUCCUGGUUUACGAAGUUUAAAAAAACGUGUACAUGAAAUUCCAGAAAUAGUAUUGUGGCUUGAAAAAAGACCACAAACUGAAUUUUAAAAUAAAUAAAACAAUUCAAUAUUUAUGUCAAUCAGGGAAGAUGUACAUAUCUACAUGUACCUAUGUCUAAGUAACACAUUAAAAGUGAUACAUCAAUAAUUAUUGUCAAUAAAAUUAUAACUUAAUUGAGUGUGACUAACGCUAUUUAUCUUUAUCUUGAUAAAUUUAAUUGUCCACAAAAUAAAUAACAAAGAAAUAUUAAAAAAUAAUCAUAAAAAACAUGAGCUUAAAUAUGGCAAUUCAACAAAACAAAAAAAAAAUAAAAACCCCAAUCAUUUAUGCUUGUAUUAUUUUUAAAUAAGUUGUUAAUUAUAUUUUAAUUGUUAUUUGACAAAUGUCAAAAAGUAUGAAAGAUAUGUUGAAUUUAUUACUCAGUAGUAAUCAUCAUCAAUCAAUAAUAGUUACUAUCAUAUUUCCACACAAAAAUCAUUAAAUAAAAUUAUAUAUAAUGUUGAAUGUAUAGAUGUUAUUGUCCAAUGGAAAAAAAAUAUCAAUUAACUAAAUGACAUUUAAAAAUAAACAGGGUGUUAUUUGUUUAACAUAUUGAUAUAGAAAAUAUAUUUAAUUUUAAAAAUAUUGUAAAUGUAAUAAUGUUUAGAAAAAAAAUAAUAAAUGAAAUUUUUGUUUGACAAAAAAGUGUAAUAGUAUUAAAUGUUUUUUCUCAAUUAGAUGAUAAAUAUUUAAUGAAAAUAAAUUGUUAAUAUUUUUAAUUAUUUA